UAUUUGUGAACUGCUGCGUCACCCCGAGCUUUCUCACCCAUUCACGAAAGCAUUCGUAAUGUCUCCUACUUUCUAAACACGCCCCUUCUGUUCCUUCAUAAGUGGUAGUUACGUCUUCUUGCAAUCACUUCCGAUCCUCCGCUUUUGUGCUCAUCUAAAGAUGAUAGAGAUGAAAGAGGAGUCGAUCAAGUACAAACCCGAAGAUAUCAUCCGGCUGAAUGUUGGUGGGCAAAGAUUCGACACUUACCUCGGAACUCUUCUAGUAGAUCGCACCAAUGAGAUCUAUCCACAGUUCAUAGCUCUACUGGAACCUGAUGCAGCAGAUCCACCCCCGCCAAAAGAUAGCGAAGGAGCGUUCUUCCUAGACAGAGAUCCAGACGGCUUUCGCUUACUUCUCAGCGGAUUACGUUAUCUUGCACAGUGUCAACCUCCGCAGUCUCAAAAUGGAACGAUCAAAAAUUCCAACAGUGAAGAAGACCUGCGUACAGGAAAGGAGACUAAAGGAAUAUGGCACAGGAUUAGAUCUAGUCUUGUUAGUGGAGCAUUUUCUGCAGUUUCCGCAAAAGAUUGCGCAAUUGAGGUGCCAUCAACAGCAGGUUUGAAAGGUGCUUUCAUGGAAGUCCCGCAUACUAGCGGAUGUGUGUUCAAGCAGCAGUCUGAGCUUGAUGAGGAAAACUUCCUGUUUGAUACUGCCGCAUUGGCGAUUGCAGCUGGUAAUCCUUUAGCCGGAGGUUGCACAUCGAAGACGUGA